AUGGAAACGAAUAACACAAAUUCUGACUUUCGAAUUGUGACAGCGUCGGCGAAAGAUAUGAAUUGGAUAUCGACAAUGACCAAACUUCAGAAAUGGAAUCCUGGAUUGAAAGACGCAGUUGCGUUUCAUCUGGUGGAUCCAAACGGUUUCUUUAUUGGUUUAUUGAAUGACAAACCGAUGUGCUGUAUUUCUGCUGUCAAGUAUCCUAACACUACUUACGGAUAUAUCGGGUGCUAUAUAGUUGAGGAAAACUAUCGAGGCAAAGGUUAUGGGUUACGUAUAUUUAAACACGCCAUGGAUUAUUUAACGGGAUGCUAUAUUGGACUGGAUGCUGUCAUUUCUCAGCAAAAAAAUUACGAGAAAUCCGGAUUUCAAUUUGCUCAUGCUGUAAGAAGGUACAUUGGCAUCAUACAAAGAAAAAGCCAAAUUUGUAAAAAUAUACGAUAUGCCAAAGAUAUCUCAAUGGAUAAGAUAGUAGAAUAUGAUGCUCGCCAUUCUUUUUGUCAAAGGACACAUUUCUUAGCGUCAUGGAUACAUGUAGGAACUGAUCAAUGUUUAGUUUAUAUCGAGGACGAUGGCACUAUCAGAGGCCUCGGAGGUAUUCGUCUCGCUGUCGAUGGUUAUAGAGUAGGACCACUAUUUGCUGAGACACCCGAAAUCGCAGAAAACUUACUUUAUGCUUUGUGUCCUUCGGAAAGCGAUACUAAAGUUGAUUUCGAUGUCCCUGAGCCUAAUUCUGACGGUAUAUGUCUAGCCGAAAGACUAAAUUUACAGCAUAUUGAAGAGAGUAGAAGAAUGUAUACUGGCGCUAGGACCAAACUUCCAUUACCCAAUAUUUUUGCAUUCGCAUGCACGGAACUAGGAUAG